GUCAUAUUACAAUUUCACAAGAAGAACUGAAUUUUUUCCAUGAAAAAAAUUGUUUUUGAACAAUACAAUUAAAACUUCAAAUAAGCAUCAAAUGAUUAUCAUCUCUUAACUUUUUUAGUUGAUAUGCAUGGUUGGUUUACUAUCAUACUUUAAUAUAAAGUAUGUAACCAAAAAUUUUGCUCAUUACCAUGUCACUUCCUAAUUUAAAACAACCGGCAUCAUUGUAAAGAAUUUUAGAGUCGUUUUAUCCACCAGUCGAUUCUCCUUAAACAAUAUUUUACCACCCCAACUAGAAUUAUCAAGUCAGUGUUAAUAUAGCUACACAGCAAGUCGGAUUACGUGAAUUUCGUCUGGCUGUAACUCGAUUCAGGACAUUACCGUGUGUGUUAAAAAUUUCGUUUCGUGUUUUUUUUUUUAAACUUUAAACUGUCAAUUAGUGUAGUGUUAUAACACGAUAAGGUAAGGAUAAAUAAUUACUUUAUUUGCUUUUAAUAAUCUAAGGUUAUGUAAAUGUUUUGCUCAUUACCGUGUCAAAAAUGCCUGACAUUACCAUGCCUGUUUAUUAUCACGGUAAUGUCUGUACGACACGGUAAUGUUAAAUAAUUAAUGGAUACAUGGGGUGGAUUUAUAACUCUGUACCUUAGUAUCAAAAGGUCUGAUGCCCAUUUAGCAACUUUAUAGGUGAGCGAAAAAACUGAUUGUGUUCAUUAUUUGAUUCCAAACCCAGGUGGACAACCGUGCAUUUACAUAAGCCAUUACCGUGUUAUUAAUAAAUUAAGGACUACCGAUCUUAUACCAAACAAUGUAACACUUAACGGCAAAUACAUCAACCCAAAUAACUUAUUUUGUGAAAAAAUGGACAUCAGACCUUUUGAUACUAAAGUACAUAACUGUUUCGAAACGACCUUGCAAGUAAAUAUAGCCGCGAAUCUAACUUGAUAGAAAAUUUCGGUACAGCAAAAAUCUUUUUUUUAAUUUAUUAAUUUUUAUACAAUUUAAUUUACUCACAACUUAUUUUUAGAUGCCAGAUUUGAGAGUAAAAAUGCAGAAGGCUAAAUUAGAUAAGAAGAAUAAGAAUAAAAUUUUACAAAUAAAAAAGGAAAGAGAAAGAUUUAGAAGGCAGAAAAUUAAAAAUAACCCAGAAGAAUAUGCCAAACAAAAACAAAAAGAACGUGAGCGCUAUCAAAAAAGAAAGAGUGAAGGAAAAAUCAAGCUAAUAGGCGAAAUGAGUGAGAGAGAAAAGCGGAACAAGAGAAAAUCUUGGAUAAAGAAUAAUAGAACCAACCGGGAAAAGAAAAAAGAAAUAAAUUAGCUCCAACAUAAUAUUAUGUGUGACACGUCCACCCCAACAAAAAUUAGUUUUAAUGAAGAGCAGAUCGCAGACAUUGAUAUCAGACAAAACGAAGAAAAGUUGCGGAAACGAAUAACGCGUCUAAAAGUACGGGCAUACUAGUUUACGACACGAUGCCAAAGCAAUUGCGGCCCACUUGAUUAAAAUAAUUCAUCAUUUUUCCCAAUAUUCCAUUGACACAUUAUAUUUUCUGUCCGACAGAAUACCAAAACAAAACAAUGUUCUGUAUAAUGGGUAAGUACCUUCCUGAGAAAUUUAAAAAUAUAAAUAAAAUUUGUUGGUUUUAUUCUGAAGCGGGCCAUGGAAAAGGGGCCCUUGAUGGAGUUGGGGCCACCCUUAAACGUACUGCCGAUCGUUUGGUGGCAGAAAAUCAUGAUAUUCCAACUUACGACGCAUUUUUUAAAGUUAUUUAGAAAAUGUAUCGAAUAUUCUUAUUGAUACUGUAGAUGAAUCAGAUAUCAUCAAAGUAGAAAAUGAAAUUAUAGAGAAUCUGGAUACUUUUAAAGGUACCAUGCAAGUCCACAAUGUAACUUGGUGCAGAGAGUAUAACGUUUUAUAUUUUAACAGUUUAACAUGUAUCUCAUGCAAUAUUGGCGAAUCAUGUAGCCACUUUUAUCUUGGGCAUAUAAAAAUGCACAAUUCGUCGACUCCUCCAACUUCUGGUCAAGAUAUCGGUAUAGAAACCCAAAGUUCUAAAAGUACAGUUAUGCCCACUGACAAAUAUAUCGACAUGACUGGUCAGUCUCUCCUGAAAACAGUUAAAUGUUCAGAAUCGGAUGUUAAACCGAAUGACUGGAUAGCAGUUUUCUUCACCAACUUUUGGUAUCCAGGUUUGGUUUUGGCAAAUCUGUGAAAAUAGAUUUCAUGGACAGAAGAGGAGAAGUUUUUUUUGGCCGGAAAAAAGAGACAUCCAGACAAUUCGUGCAGCAGAAAUUUUAUAUAAACUCUCCAAGCCACCGGUUCCAAGUUCUGCUGGGCUCUUUUUUGUUCCGGAGGAUAUGACUUAAUUUCAUUACUCAGUUUUUAUAUAAAAAUAUUUGAAAAAUAAUACAUUUUUAUCUAUUUUUAAGUGUCUCGUUCGAAGUUUUUAACGUUAUUUUUUUUUUUUUCAUGGUUUAAAAUAUUUUUUUUCUAUGUGAACUACGUUUAAUCUUCAUGUUUUUAAUAAAGAAAGAGUAGUUUUUGAAUAUUUUUUGUUUAUUUUCACUCCCUAACAUUACCAUGAAAGUAAAUUAAACAUUUCCAUUUCUUUUGACAUUACCGUGACAACCAAAUUUCAUUACCAUGUCAUUUUUUUGUAAUUUUUCCGAAAAAAACUAAAAAUAUGGGGGGUACAUAUUACAGAUUUUACUAACCUAAAAUAUUAUAUAAGCCUACGCAAUAAUAUUUUUGGAUACAUGAGUAUUUAGAUGUGACGCAAAAUAUCAUGGAAUUUUCCUUAUUUCUAAAGAAUGACCCAAAUAUGGAUAUAGCCAUUUGUGAAUGUUUUAUGGGAAGUGAUGGGCGUUUAUGCAAACACCAAAUAGCAGUUGAAAAGUUUAUGGGUGUAACUAACAGGAAUAUUUUACCGAUAAAUGACCCACACAAGAAACAGCAUCUAUAUUACAUUGCAACAGGAAAGAAAAUGGAUUUGACAUUUUUUUUCUCUUUACGGGACAAAGAUCAUAAAAUGGAUGACCAAAAAAGUGAAAGUGGUACAAAUUUAGACCUGGAUAUUUCUCUGGUUGAAAGUGAUGAUGAUGAUAAUAAUAAAAUAGAAGUUAAUAUGAGCUUGAUAGAUUUGCCCAAAGAAGAGGAAAUAAACAACACAGAACUUGAAUUAGAAAAAAUUUUUAAAGACCUUGCUGAAAAGUUAAAAUCAAAGAGUGAUUUGUAUCUACCAGCUAUACAAAAAUUUACAUCAAAAUAUAAGACUUUCAAUAGUGAUUCGAAUAUUGUAUCAUCACUGCAUAAUUUUGGAUCAACUUUAAAUGAACGCAGCCAAUCAACGAGCAUUUACGCAGUUAGACGAAGGGGAAAAAAGAUCAGAGUUCAGCCAACUGCUAUUUCAAGACGCCACCAAAUUGCAUUAGGAAAAGGAAGCACAUCAAAUUCUAACUCUGGGCGUCCUCGCAGAAGAAAGGUUUUUGAUGAGCACAAAUAUGCAGCUACUCGACUAACAAAAAAAGCACCUCAUAACUUAAGUGCAUGUGUUCAAGCCAAUCGAUCCCUAGGAAAACCCCAUUAAAAUUAUUUACAAAUAUUGUUUAAUACUUAAAUUAUGUUAGCUUAUACAAAUCUUAUUAUACUUAUGUUUAGUACUCAAAAAAACCUUACUUUACACUAAAUAAUUUUGACAUUCUGUACGCCCAUGAUAUUCAUAAUUAUACAGAAAUUUUUUUAUAGUAUAGGCAAAAAGAAAUAAUUUUACAUUUUCAAAAUUCCUUCAUUCAAUUUAUCGCAAAUAAUAUUAUGUACAUAAAAAUGUUUAACUUAUUUCUACGAUAUAACUAUAAAAUUUCCUACCAUGCUAGGCUAAUUUUUAAUUAAAUAGAUUUAAUUUUACUAUUUCAAGAUUCGAGAGUGAUUGAUCAGAUGACCAUUAUGAAAAGUUUUGGUAAUUAUAUUAUGUAAUUACAAUUAAAAAUAAAAAACAAUCUAAAAUCAGUAGAAAGGAAAUUUAUCUGGGCAUUUUUUGAUUAAUUACUUUUUUUUAUGUUAAUGAUUUUUGGGCCGAAGAAUAGAAAUGAGUUUUGGGUCGUUGUUUUACAGAAAAAUUCAACAAUAUUUAAAAUUAAUUUUGACUGAGUAUCUCUAGUUUGCUGUAUUUGUGUAUACGUUUUUUGUUCAUGAAAUACUCUUAUUAAACAUUGAUAAAUGUAUAUUAAUCGGAUAUUUAGCAUACUGGUUUCUUAGUGGAGAAUAAUCUAUCUUUCUUAAAUAUUAUUUUUAGGAUUACAUUUUAAGCAAUUUGUAAAUUAUUUAAUGCACAAGUUGUGCCUCAUGCUGGGAUACAGUAUCUUAUAACAGAUUACACUAGAGGUGUAUAACAUAAAUAAUUUUUUUUGAUGCAAAAUGUGCAAUUCGUUGAAUUUAUGCAUUAUAUAAAGUCAUAAUCGUCUAAUAACAUAUCUCGACUAUUUUGAUGAUUAGACAACACUGUAUAGUCAUAAAUUCGAGACAUCCAUCGGUUUUUAUAAUAAAAAAAACCUAUAUCAACUUACCUAUAAAUAUUUAAAUUACCAGAGUAUAAUAUGCAAUUGUAAAUCUUUCAUUUAAAGUUAAUAUGUAGUGUAUUUGGCUAGAAUAUAUUUUUACUGUUUUCAAAACUUUAUUGUUAAGGAACUCGAACAACCUCUUUGAAUUCCGUUAAAACAGUUUACUCAACUUAUGUUAGAUCAUUAUUGGAAUAUGUGUAGCUAGUUUGGCCUCAAUUUUAUAAUGUACAUAGGUCAUUAGGGUCUGUUAAAUGCAAAUUUUGUGUAUUCAGAUUAGGUUUAGUAUUUGGUAACUAUGAUUUUGUUUCAUUAUACUUAUUGGAUCUUGAAUGUCUAGAAUUUUUAAGUUGUACAGUAGAUUUAUUUUAGCAUAAAGUAAUUUUAGGAACUAUUCAUUAUUGUGAAUUUUUAGAAACUAUUCAAGUUAGAGUAUCAGUAAGAUAAUACUUUUCUAAACGAUUUAUUUUUCAUUCCAUUUCACAGAACUAAUCGCUUAUUUUGUCCUCUAACGCCUUUUAAUAAUUUAGAAAAUCUGAAAAAAUAGAAUAUAUAGUCGGUAUACAAGAGAAGGUGACCAAGUCCAUCGAUAGUAGUUUUGAGUUCUUAGAAUUUUAAUGAUUUGGUCAUUAUGGAAUUUUUAAUUUUAAGCAUUUUUAUCGCAAAUAAUUUAAGGUACAUGGGCAUUAUAAACUAAAAAAAUGUAAAAUUUUGGACUUUGUCACCUUUUUUUGUAUACCGACGAUAUUUAAAAACAAAAAUGGUCACAUUUAACCAGUUGAAUAAGCUCUAUAUAUUCUCUCUUGAUAUUUAAUAAUGGUGUUUGUUUGGGCAAGUUUUUAAAGUCAACAUAACAAUAAUGGAUUAAAUCUAUUGUGACGUCACUGAUGAAUGUGAUGGAAUGGCGAUUGAGAGUUUUCAGAUGAAUAAAAAAAACCGUUGACAAGCAACGACAAAUAUAUCUCUACAGAGGAUAUACUUAGUCAAAGUUUUUUAACCACACCACAGCUACUAUAAAAUUUUGGUUUUUCAUAAAUUUUUCUUAUUUGGACAUCAUCUUCCUCUGAUGAAGAACUUGAUAACUGUACACUUCUCGAUUGAUUAAUUUGAAUAAAAUAAGUGCCUCCAUAACUCAAAGAAAUAAAAUAAUCUAUUUAUCAUUUUAAAUUUCAAUUUCAAUUUUAAAAACCUCUAACCUCACAAUAGUGACACAAAACAAAAAGGUGGGGAUAUCCAUCCACAUCCAUCACAUUCAUCGGGUUCAAUCUUGAUGGAUGCGUUGAACAUCGAUUUUUUCAACAAUGAAAAUACAAACGGUUUGAUGAAAGUUUAAAAUGAAAAUUGCAAAUUAAUGUAUUCUUUUAAAUUAUUUUUGUAUAUUUUUUAUUGCAAUGAGAAUUUUACUCUUCAGUAACUAAAAAAAAUAUAUUAAGAAUACCAUAAUGUACAAGGCCCGAAAUAACCCCCUCUUUUAACGUUUUUCCUGG